UUCUUUUCUUCCCAGCCCAUUUCUCCAGUCUCCUGAGAGAACGGUGAAUUCCAGCACGCUCUUGCAUCUCCUCUAGCUUCCCACCUUACAGCUGCAGGAAGCACUAUUGCAGUUGCCAGAAGUGUUCAUGGAAAUGUGGACUAAACCUGGACCCACCACAGGUCCCCAGGAGACCUUGCUUGAUCCACCCUCUGAUACCUCCCAGACCACCACAGAAUUAAGGGACUUCUUUGCCAAAGCCCGAAAUGGUUCAGUGCGGCUCAUCAAGGUCAUCAUUGAGGAUGAACAGCUCGUACUGGGAGCCCACAAAGAGCUGUCCCGGCGCUGGGAUGCUGACUAUGAUGCCUUCGUGCUGCCGUUGCUGGAUGAGCAGCAGCCGUGCUACGUGCUGUACCGCCUGGACAGCCAGAACGCCCAGGGCUACGAGUGGCUCUUCAUCUCCUGGUCCCCCGACAGCUCCCCGGUCCGGCUGAAGAUGCUGUAUGCCGCCACCAGAGCCACGGUGAAGAAGGAGUUUGGCGGGGGGCACAUAAAGGAUGAGAUGUUUGGAACAGUGAAGGAGGAUGUGUCCCUGAGUGGGUACCAAAAGCACGUGUCCUCCUGCUCCGCCCCGGCCCCGCUGACUGCAGCCGAGCAGGAGCUCCAGCAGAUCCGCAUCAACGAGGACCUGCCUUCCCUGGCCUCCAGCAGAGAGAUGGAUUCCUGUUCCCAGGACUCGAGCACCGAGAUGGUGAAGACAGAGAUCAGCGUGGAGAGCAAGCACCAGACCCUGCAGGGCCUGGCCUUCCCCCUGCAGUUGGAUGCUCAGCAAGCCAUCCAGGCACUCAAGCAGAAGAAAAUCAACUACAUCCAGCUGAAGCUGGAUCUGGAGCGGGAAACCAUUGACCUGGUGCACACGAGCCCCACAGAGAUUGCUGACCUGCCCAAGAGGAUCCCCCAGGACUCGGCUCGUUAUCAUUUCUUCCUGUACAAGCACUCGCACGAGGGAGACUACCUGGAGUCAGUUGUCUUUAUCUACUCCAUGCCUGGGUACAAAUGCAGCAUCAAGGAGCGCAUGCUCUACUCCAGCUGCAAGAGCCGGUUGCUGGACACCGUGGAGCAGGAGUUUUGCCUGGAGAUAGCCAAGAAGAUCGAGAUCGACGACGGAGCCGAGCUGACAGCGGAGUUCCUCUAUGAGGAGGUGCACCCCAAGCAGCAUGCCUUCAAGCAGGCCUUCGCCAAGCCCAAGGGGCCUGUGGGGAAGCGGGGACAGAAGCGGCUGAUCAAGGGGCCGGGCGAGAACGGCGAGGACAGUUAGAUCCCACAGGACUGGGCGGUGAAUGGACAGCAUCCCUGCGGCGCUUCCCGGCUUCCUCUCCGCUGACCUGGGGAUCUUUCCCUCCAUCUCAGCCUUUUUUUUCCCUCCCCUUCUUUUUUCCUAUUUCAUUCCUUUUUUUAAACAUCAGGAUGGCUUGUUGCACCUGGGGGCAGAGCAAUGGGGAGGGUUCAGGGUUGUCAGUGUUUCUUUUCCUCACAUCCCUGUGCAAGCCCCGGGGCUGCCAGCGGAGGACAGGAACAGCAAGGCCAUGUCCCCCGGCUUUGCUCCUGUCCCCCCCCCGGGUCACAGCUGCUGCUCUGUGGCCCCUGGGUGACUGAAGGACACGCUUGCCUGCAAGCUGCUCUAUGCAAAGGGAAGGGAUGGUGUUGGGGAUUCCUGUUUGAAAAGACAAAAUGCUUCUUUUCCUGCUUCCCUCAGCCCCCAGAUUUUGCUCCACUGUCCUGCUUUCAGUGUGCAUGGCCCCUCUGCCCCAGGGCUGGAGUGAUCCUGCACCUCCUCAGGGUGCGGGCAGGACCCCUCCCCGUGGGGUGGGCUUUGCUAGCAGGAGUUUGUCCCUGGGGGAAGCCAGCCAGUGUGAGGUGGAAGGUGUGUGUGUGUCCCCCACCCUGAGCUCAGCCUGGCCCUGGAGAAAGAUGACUCUGCCUUUGGGUGAUGUUUGCAUCCCCUUUUGGAACCCCUCCAAUAAGGCUUUUCCUCUCUGAGGGAGCUGAUACAGCCCUGAUACGGCCCGAUCCCUGUUUACGAUGGGAACCAGGGUGAUCCUGAGCCCUGGUUGUACCUCCCCUCCAUGUGCCCCAGCCCCCACCAUCACUCAUCUGCUGGCUCUCUGGUCUGGGGCAGCCUCAUGUCUUAAUCACGUGGGCUACCCCGAAAUCCUUGUGUGGGGAAGCAUGACAGCCCCUGUGUGCCUCCCCCAGGUCCGUCCCCAGCCAGCAAGGGCCAUUAUUGACUCCAAGGGCCAGGCUUGGCCCUGUGAUUAAGGCUUCGUGGGGGCUUUGGGGGGAGAGUACUUUGCUGCUGGAUACCAGCGAGGGCUCGAGAGCCGCCACUGCGAAGAUGGAGAGGGGGUGGGUGAAACCUGCCCUCUGCUUUCCUGCUGCCGUGGUGAACCGGUGAACGUGUCGAUGUUGCCUUGACCUCGGCAGAGCAGGUGGUGGAGGGGAUGGAAGCUGGGGGGAGCAGAGCACACUGUACUGAAUGCUGUAUUUUCUAAGAAUAAAGUAUUUUUAAAA